AUGACCAUGAUGGAGGCCGGAGCAACGUUAGACAUGACGAGAAACGGCCGGAUCGCAGCAUUUGAACGGAUGCCGUCCUCCAAACAACCUCUUGGGCACGGUGCCGAGUAUGACUUGGGAAAGAGUGCUUGGAAUGCUUCCAGUCGGAUAUGGGGCACCAGCAAGUCUUUUCUGGAUGCCCGUGGGGACAGCGAAUCGAUAAGACCAUCCCCGAUCCGUCAAGGCUCUGUCUCAAGUUAUGGGCCAUCCAUGCCCGCCACGUCGUCGUUACUGUCAUCCAUCGAUCCCAACAAUGAAAAUGCCUCUCAGUCGAAGAUGUCCUGGGCCCCAGGCUCAUCCACUGUCGGCUUUCCGUCCAGGCGAAGAGGCCAACCUCUGUCGCCGACUAAACAGAGACAGAAUCAGAUGUUGGAUUUCGCUGCCAGCGGCAACAACGGCGGUCUGCAGGAAUCAAGCCUGUUUGCCGGGAGUGCUCCUGAUGUGGAAGAGACUUCAUUCGAUGGACCACACCUGCGGCGCGCCAUCACAACAGGCCCUCGUGUCUUCCCUUCUCCCACGCGAGCCUCUACUUUUGGCCGCAGCCAGGUCGAUCCUCAAAUGCAGGUCUACAACUCAAACGCCUUCAAGCCGAAUGGUAUUUUUGCUUCGCUCCAGGAGUUCGAGGAUGGACAGGAUCAAUCUCUACACAGUAUUCCUGCUGUGAGCGGAGCCACCGAACUGUUGCCUCUGCAAGACAGCUAUGAGGCGACGAGAGAAAUGAACGGAAUGUCAGUUGGGAAUCUCUCGCGCUACAAUCCUGUCUCGCCGACAUAUGGGAAGCCGGACGGCCGGCUGUUGAAUGCGGAUCAGGUCGAACCAUAUCAUCCAUCCUCAAAACAGAAGUACGACGAGGCCUUGAGAGCUCUGGAGUUGUUGAAUUUUGAUCAGGCCACUGCUCAGAUUGCCUCUUCCCGAAAAAUCCCGCCUCAAUACCAGCGCGACAUCCAUCCAGUCCCGGCACGAUCCUCUUCACAGUCAAACGCUCCCUUCAGUGCGAUGGAGAGUAAUUUUCAACCGCCAAUCGCACAUGUCCCAGAUGUUGGCUCACGGAUGGAUCCCCAGGUGGCUCCACAUUAUGGUGGUUUUCAAUAUAGUGGGCGUGGCAACCUCCCCUCACUUCAAAAUGACUACCGAAGCAAUCUCAACAGUCCUUACUACUCAACCACCGGCACACCUCCGACAGGCCCUCAGUCGAUCCGCAGCACUCCGGGAAGUGGUGUUUCUAGUCGCACCUCACAUCACGAUCCCUUCUUGUACGACCGCAAGUUCACCAAUGUUGACAUUUAUAGCUAUGAUCCGGCCAUGUAUGCACUAGCAUCGCUUCAGCCAGCAGUGGGCAAUGGAUAUCAGUAUGAUGCCCAAAUGCCAGUGCAACCAAUGCGAAUGAAUCCGCUGGCCCAUCCUUAUGUUGGGCAUGGGCAUUCCGGCAUUACUAACUUCCCUUCUGGCCCUCGAAUGCCGAUUCGCGAGCCCGAACAAAGUCAGAUUGUGAGAAGCCCGUUGCUCGAGGAGUUUCGUAUGAACAGUAAGACCAACCGACGUUUUGAGCUCAAAGAUAUCUACAACUACGUGGUCGAAUUCAGCGGUGAUCAGCAUGGCUCACGUUUCAUUCAGCAGAAGCUGGAGACGGCUAACAGUGACGAGAAAGAGCAAAUCUUCAAGGAGAUCCAACCAAACUUACUGCAACUCAUGACGGACGUGUUUGGGAACUAUGUUAUUCAGAAAAUGUUUGAACAUGGCAAUCAGACGCAGAAGAAGAUCCUGGCACACCAAAUGAAGGGCCACGUCCUGCACUUGUCGAUGCAGAUGUAUGGAUGUCGUGUGGUGCAGAAGGCUUUUGAACACGUCUUGACCGACCAGCAGGCCAGUUUGGUGAAAGAAUUGGACGGACCUAAUUUGCAAAUCCUGAAGGUUGUCAAAGAUCAGAAUGGCAACCAUGUUGUGCAGAAGGCCAUCGAGCGUAUACCAGGUGAACAUAUUCAGUUUAUUGUCGACGCGCACAGAGGUCAAAUGGCGAAGAUGUCUACGCACCAGUAUGGGUGCCGUGUGGUUCAACGAAUGCUGGAACAUUGUCAACCACAGGCCAAACGGGUCAUUCUGGACGAGCUUCUGGAACACAUUCUUCCCCUCAUCAGCGACUCAUAUGGCAAUUAUGUUGUGCAGCACAUCAUUCAGAACGGCGAGCCUCAGGAUCGGCGCCAGGUUGUCAAUAUCGUCCUUCAACAACUCCUGGCAUUCUCCAAGCAUAAAUUUGCCAGCAAUAUUGUGGAAAAGAGCAUUGAUUGUGCAGAUGAAGAUCAACGUGCACAGAUUCUUCGUGGUUUGACGGCACCGAAUGAGCAGGGUAUCACUCCAGUUCUUGGGUUGAUGAGGGAUCAAUACGGCAACUAUGUCUUGCAAAAGGUGUUUGGCCAGCUGCAAGGGUCUGAUCUUCUCGCGUUGAGAGCGGAUAUGGAGCAGAGCUAUCCUGUUCUUCGACGUACCAGCUACGGCAAGCAGGUGACGGCCAUUGAGAAGCUCCUGUUUGGAGGCAAUGGUCCGUCCACCACUUCGACAGCCAGUAGCCGCAGCUCGACGCUCCCUAGCACGAACGCGAGCAGCACCGUUGAUGGCGAGACACCUCCUUCACAACCAUCGGACACGAAAUAA